CUCAGCCCUGUGGCGGGUUGGGGUUGGGACCCCAGCUGCCUCACCCUGCUGGGCCCAGCUGAGCUACGCCUUCGCGCCUCCACCUACAGCCCAACAUGGAUGAGGACGCCGCCUCGGCCCUCUGCCCUCCUGCCUCCAGGCUGGCUGGCCCCAGCCGCAUCCCAGGCCCCAUGCUGCGGCGGGCCGGCUCUCCCAGUGCUCCCACCCAGCGGAGCUGCCUCUGGGUCACUCUGCGGCAGGGGGCUGGGGGGGCUCCCUGGCAUCGGCCACGAGCACCAGCCCCCAUCACCCCCGUGGCCCCGUGCCCACGGCUCGUGUCAGGACAUGGAGGGGCUGAGGUCACACCGGUGGAGAAGAUGCCGGGCAGCGGGGACCCACGCAGUGGACCAGUGGAGAACAAAAACGAAGCAGCCAUGUCUGAGCUAGUUCCAGAGUCACGACAAAAGCCAGUUGUGCCGAUGAAACCCGUGGGCAUUAAUGCCAACUUACUGGGCUACAUUGGAAUUGACACCAUCAUUGAGCAGAUGCGCAAGAAGACCAUGAAGACAGGCUUCGACUUCAACAUUAUGGUUGUAGGUCAAAGUGGGCUGGGAAAGUCUACGCUGGUGAACACCCUCUUCAAAUCCCAAGUAAGCCGCAAAUCUUCAGGCUGGAACCGGGAGGAGAAGAUCCCCAAGACAGUGGAGAUCAAAGCUAUUGGACACGUUAUUGAAGAAGGUGGGGUCAAAAUGAAGCUGACAGUGAUCGACACCCCGGGAUUUGGAGACCAGAUCAACAAUGAGAACUGCUGGGAGCCCAUUGAGAAAUACAUCAACGAGCAAUAUGAAAAAUUUUUGAAAGAGGAGGUGAAUAUUGCAAGGAAGAAACGAAUUCCAGACACACGAGUGCACUGCUGCCUCUACUUCAUCUCCCCCACGGGCCACUCCCUGCGGCCCUUGGACCUGGAGUUCAUGAAACAUCUCAGCAAAGUAGUGAACAUCAUCCCGGUUAUUGCCAAGGCUGACACCAUGACCUUGGAGGAGAAGACCGAAUUCAAACAAAGAGUGCGCAAAGAGCUAGAAGUGAAUGGGAUCGAGUUUUACCCCCAGAAAGAAUUUGAUGAGGACUUGGAGGAUAAAACAGAAAACGACAAAAUCAGGGGUGCUAGGAAGGCUGAGUGAGAAAGAAAGGACUCUACUUCGCCUCCUCUUGCUGAAUGCCAUUUGGCCUCUGCUAAGGACGAAAGGGACAAGCUCAUUCCCUGUCCCAAACAACCUUCUCUUGAGCUCAGGCCAAACUCUACCUGAAAAGUAAUUCAGUGCUUUGCCCUGCCAAUUCCUAUGAGAAGGGAUAUCUCAUUAUUCCUACCUCAGAAAGGUAGAAACCAUCUAAUUUCCAGCCUGUGUUUGUUCAUGGACAGGUUGUACCCAGGAUUAUAUGUGUUCUUGUGCCAACACUGACUCAAACAUUUCUCCUACCUACUGGUCCCAUCAGCUAGAGAACAAUCUUAUCCUGCACUGGCCUUUUUCUGGUCAGCUAAAUGAGACAAGCUCCUUUGGUCGAGCUUUCAUUCUCCCGUAUUACAUCACCACUUUUUUAUGUGCCUACUCUAGUUUGAUUUGAUUUUCUGGCACUGGUGUGGGUACCCAAUACUCCUCUGUCUUUUCUGAGAUCUGAACUGCUGAGCCCUUGGACCACAUGUGCUCUCUAAAAAUCACAUCACACUGGUGACUCGUGGUCAUCUUGUGACUGACUGGCACAUGGGGUCCUUCCCCUCCUUCCAUCAUUGCUUGUGCACAAACUCAAAAGUCAUAGCAGAACUUGUUGGUAUUCCCUAAAUGCUAUUCUUUGUGCCUCAAACUUACUUAGAUUUUCCUGGAUAAUAACCCAGUCUGCCUCUGUACUGACAACACCUCCUGGCUUUGUGAUGCUACUGCAUUUAGUUAGUCCACUCAUUAUUUUUAGGGCUAAACUAUUCAUGGAAAUAUUGUCUUCCACAUUAGUCGUCAAGAAACUCUAGCAGUAACUAACUGCCUGGCAGCCUGACACUUGCUCCUUCAAGCUCCCUAGCUGCCACAGCCCCAGCAGAAAUUCCCACCUCCUCCAGAUUCAUUAAUCAUUUCCCAUUUGGCAACACAUCACACGCUCUGGGGAGACCAGAUGGGUUUUGCUUCUCCUCCAAACUGUUACUGUUUGAGAGGAAGGCACCACAAUUUGUUCUGUACUUCAGCCUAAUUGCUUUGGGUUUGGUAGUCUCACAUGUAAGAAAUAAACUUAAUAAUAAAGAGUAAAUAAUAAUAAAAUAUCCCACUCCUGUGGUAAUUGCAAUCCCUUCCCAGGUCCAGGGAAGUCUACAAAGCAGGAUAAAUCUAUGAACAGCAGACAGCCUUAUGGGUAGUAGAAUCUCUCACAGUCUGUUCUCUGGAAGCAGGAACUUUCUCCCUGUGCAUAAAGAUAUCUUGAUCCACAGUAGUUUCACCUACUGUCCCACUUCCCAGGGUUUUCUGGCCUUCCUCAGUACAACCAUUUCAGUAAUUGAGCUUUGAAUAUUCAUAUGUUCUGUUGAGGGGAUUGUGAGAUUUUCUAGCGAAGAACUGCAAACUUGAUGAGAAAUACUCUCUGCAAGGUAUUCCUGUGAGGAGCCCCAGGAUGAUAGACACUCACCUGGUAUGCCAAAGCACCUCCUCUCUGGUCACCUUGCCCUUCAGAAAUGCUGGAGAUGUGUGCAGAAAAGCUUUACUCCCUUCUCUGGAGCCUUUGGCAUUGAUUUAAGGUACACACUAAGCCCAGGGGGUGCAAGAACACCAGUAAAGCAAGAGCCCAAAGUGCUAUGGAUAGCAAUGAUGAGUGGAGUUUUGCUGUGGAGAACCUCCUCCCUUGCAGAGGCUUUGCAUUUGAUGAGGUGCAAGGAGGAGAGGUGGCUAAGGAACAGUGAUGGUGCUGCUCGGAACAGGUUUGAUAGGCGUCUCCACAUA